AUGUUGGAAGAACCUAACAAUGGUUACACGGAUAUUCCUAUUCCAAAUGAUUUCUUAAUUUCUAACUAUGAUGAUCCACUAGAAGCCAUUGUUAGUGAAACAUAUCCGAAUUUUCUUAACAAUUACAAGAAUCCAGAAUUUUUGCAAUCAAGAGCCAUAUUGGCAGGAACAAUUGAAACGGUUGACAUCAUAAAUCAAUACGUUUUGGGAUUCAUACCAGGUGAAGAAAAGGAAUAUUCAAGUUCAGAUUCUGUAGACACUUUUGACGGUGAAGGAAAUGAAGCUUUUGAUGUUUUGACCCCGGAAUUUUUGAAUACACUUACAACUUAUGGUCUACCUAACCACAAGAUUAAAUUGAAGAUUGGGACCCCUAUUAUGUUGCUUCGAAACAUUGAUCAACCUGAAGGUCUCUGCAAUGGAACAAGGCUUAUAGUUACAAGAUUGGCAAACCACGUUAUCGAGGCAAAGAAUAUAUCUGGAAAGAAUAUUGGAGGGGUUAUCUAUAUUCCAAGAAUGGAUAUGACUCCAACACAAUCUCUGUGGUCAUUCAAAAUGACUAGAAGACAAUUUCCCAUAACUAUAUGUUAUGCUAUGACAAUUAACAAAUCUCAAGAUAUUAUUGGUGCUGUUAGUGAGAUAAACCAUAUCCAAUCCAACACUCCGGGGAAGAAAGUUGUUGUUUCUAUUGUGCUGAAAGAUUUGAAGUAA